AGAAGCAAGGAUGUGGUUCCUUUUGAUACGCAGAAUCAUCAUCAUCAAAAUCUUCUUUAUCUUCUUCUCUUCCCUCCUAUAUCACUUACUCCUCAACUUGAACACCAACCAAAACUGUUUCUCCUUUUUUUUUGCUCUCAACUGUCGCUCCAUUUGUCUUCUAGACCAAGAAAAGAAACACAGGUUUCUUUUGUAAGUUCCUCUGAUAUCCAAGAUGAAGAUACAGUGUGAUGUAUGUGAGAAAGCUCCUGCUACACUGAUAUGUUGUGCAGAUGAGGCUGCUUUGUGCGCUAGUUGCGACGUUGAGGUCCACGCUGCCAAUAAGCUCGCUAGCAAACACCAGCGCCUUUUUCUUGACUCUCUCUCCACCAAGUUCCCUCCUUGCGACAUCUGCCUUGAGAAGGCAGCUUUCAUAUUCUGUGUUGAGGAUAGAGCUCUGCUCUGCAGAGACUGCGAUGAGGCCACCCAUGCGCCUAACACUCGCUCUGCUAAUCACCAGAGGUUCUUAGCUACUGGAAUCCGAGUCGCUCUGAGUUCCAAAAGUUGCAGCAAAGAAGUGGAGAUGAAUCAUUUCGACCCACCUAACCAGCAGAAUGCAAAGCAGAUUCUCUCUAAACCACCAGCUCAACCGUCUGUUCCGUCUCCUCCAUGGGAUGGCGAUGAGUUCUUCCGCUACUCUGAUCUUGAGUGCAGUAGUAACAAGAAAGAGCAGCUCGAUCUUGGUGAACUGGACUGGCUUGCAGAGAUGGGUUUCAUUGGGGACCAGCCUGAUGAUCAAGAAGCUCUACCGGCAGCUGAAGUUCCCGAGAUUUCGGUUUCACAUCUGGCUCAUGUUCAUUCCUACAAUAGACCCGUGAAGUCCACCAAUGUUUCCAACAAGAAGCCGAGGCUUGAGAUUCGGUAUGAUGAUGAUGAUGAGCACUCCCUUGUCCCUGACCUUGGCUAAGCUAUGGAUUAAACUAUAUAUAUAGCAUUUGGUUCGUAUAUGUAUGUACCUACCUACACACACACAUCUCUUGCUCUUGCGCUUGCAUUGCUUAAACUUGGAAUAAAAAGCUCUUAUUAUUAGCAA